AUGUCAAAGCUAAGUCAAUUUUGGGAAAAUACCAACAUCGAAGCAAUGUCGCCAAAAAUAAGGAACACAUGGGUGAGCAGCUUUGCCUUACCUUGGGGAAAGGCGCCUGACAGUCUACCACUCAAGUUUCACUUGCCUAAGUCACUACCCAGAACCCUGCGCUUGUCUACACUAGCGCUUGCAGCAUCGCCAAAGCUUGGGGUGCCGCCCAACAUGUCGUCAGUGCCUGAGGCGUUGCUCAAUGUGUCCCCUAUGCCAUCUUCGUCAUCAGUAGCAGCGUGGCCUGAGACGGUUUUCCUGCUAUUAUUGCCACUACGCGAGCUUGCUCUAGGCCCGAUGAAACCGUCGCCACCCGUGGUCCUCAUACCCAUCUCCAACCAGUUGAUGACACCUGGCACGUUAGGGAUGUCACCCAAGUUAAUGCAAAAGGGCCUCCCAGACCAGCACCACUGGUAUCGCUGCUCCCAGCGCCGUGGGCACCUACUAGUACACACAACACCCCAAGCAUUUUCUCUCCUCCGCUGGCGUCACCCGUCCUGCCUUGCAGCAUCAAUUGCAAUGCGUCCUAUUCCCUUGGCACUGUUGCUUCCACCAUUGUUGCCUUCUUUGCUCGUUGAUCCACCUUUUGGCUUCUCACUCCUCUCCAUUGGUGAAUUUUCUCCUGAAACACUCUCUAUGAAUCCCUCUCCUCAAAUCCCUCCCAACGUUCAAUGGAGGCUUCAAAUUCUCAAGGAAAAGAGUUACAAGGGAAGAGGAGUAAAAUGGGCUCUAUAA